UGAAUUUUUUUUUAUAUUGCAGGGAAUGAACCUGUGAAAAGUAUUCUACAUUGGAACUGGGCUCUGACCGCGAUCUGUUAAUCAAGAAUCCAACAUUAAAUAAUAUUGAACAGUAUUUAUAACAACACAGAUUCCAGGAUAUUUCUUUAUACCGUACCAAAAUGCCAAAUCCUGCAUUGAUAGCCCAUCGUCGUGGAAGUUUACAACUGUCGUGCCAUGAGAGCGAUGCUGCCGAUUAUCGAGUGGUGGUCAUGGGAGCGGCUCGUGUUGGCAAAACGUGUAUCGUUUCACAAUUUCUUCAUGACAAAUAUCUUACAGAUUACCAUGAAACAGUGGAAGAACUUCACAGAGGAGAAUUUGUCAUGGACGGAACUAGGAUUAUCCUCGACAUUCUUGAUACAUCCGGUGCUUACCAAUUUCCUGCAAUGCGUAAAUUAGCUAUCUCUACCAGUGAUGCUUUUGUGUUGGUGUUCUCUGUAGACUGUGAGAAAUCUUUCGAAGAAAUGAAAGCGAUGCGUGACCAGAUAUUGGAAGAGCGAGAAACGUGUGAUUUACCGAUUGUUAUUGUGGGCAAUAAAUCUGACGUUGAAGUGAAAACUCGAAUAAUUGAGAAAGAAACUGCUGAAGCUUUGGUUGCUGUAGAAUGGGGACAUGGUUAUGUAGAAACUUCUGCCAAAGAAAAAGUGAAUAUUGAAGAUAUAUUUAAAGAAUUGGUUUAUCAAGCGAAAGUUCAGCAAUUUCGACGGAUGCCUGCAUUCCGUCGAGGGCGAAAAUCGAUGCCAGAAAUAUCAAUAAUGACUACUCACACGAAAAGGAAGAAACGCAAUAGCUGCAAUAUUUCUUGAAUGAAAACAGAGAAGAGACGGAGGUAUUGAACCCAGACAGCUCAGUAACUAGCAAUCGAACAAUCAAGCGCCAAAGCAACUCAGCAACUAAACAAACAAUCGAAAUAUUACAAAAAACAAAUAAAAUGAUCACUUAGAAAUCAAAAAGAAAAAGAAAAUUUUUUAAAAAAAUUAAAUUAAAAAUAAUUGCAAAAAAAACCCUGGUAAACCGUAGAAAAGAAUUCAACACUGCAUGGAUAGGUGAAGCCAUAAAACCAUAAAUGUACUACUGUCGGAUAUAAGCACUGUUGUGUAUGUAGCACUGUUUAUAUAUACAUAUAUAUAUAUAUAUAUAUAUAUACAGGAAGAGAGAGAGAGAGAGAGAGAGAGAGAGAGAGAGAGAGAGAGAGAGAGAGAGAGAGAGGACUGUUACUUAUCACAUUGCGUCGAUAACUAAACGGAUUUUCGAAACGACAAUACAGGAGUCGAUGCUUAUCUGUGUAAUCUUUCUUUCUUACUUCCCCUUUUCCUCCGAAGCCAUUGUCACAUAAUGAUGUGAUGUUCUACAGAUUAUCUUAGUUUUCAAGGCGCUAAGCGGCUGAAAUAUAUUCUCCGCCGCCGCCACCACCAUCACUAUCACCACCACCAUCAGUGCAAACGUAAUCAGCGGAUUACUGCAGUGUUAUCUUCACCAGACAAUAAUUAUCAAGAACUCCUGUAUGAAGAAUAGAUAGAUAGAUAGAUAGAUAGAUAGAUAGAUAGAUAGAUAGAUUGUGAUUACACUUUCUAAAUAUGAUCAUUCGCGUUUCAUUGGUCUUUCACAGAAACUCUGUAGAACAACAUUUUGCAUUUCCCUUGAAGACAUUUUUAAAGACAAAAAAAAUGCUACAAUGUUGUAAUUUAUUGCGUUGUGAUUUAUUUCUAAACAUCGGUAGAUGAUAGUUGUUCAUUGAUCUGAUUGUAUUGAACUCUAAAUUCUGAUUUGAUUAAUUGUCAUACACUCCAAUACUCGCAUACACACACUCACAUAUGCAUGCAUACAUACACACAUAUAACCAUCUGGGUACCAUAUAUAACGUAUAUACGCUAUUGACAGGCAUAAAGUUGUGGUUUUUGUCUGAGAAAAAAAUCUUUUCAUGGACAUAUUGUACUAAAAACAAUAAUAUAUCUUAGCGAAGCAAACAUCCUCUCAACAGUGACUCAAGGGAACGCAAGAUGUGAUUCGUCUCCUUCAAUAUAGAGGAGACAGUGAAUUCAUUAUUCACUGAUAUUGCGGAAAGCUUGCCGGGCUGAAAUAUACUCAGUGUACAUGAUGGCGUAUAUACGUUAGGUUGGUACACAGAUAGCUAUUUACAUUUUAUGCGAUUUAAAUUGCUGAAUGCAUACAUACAUAUAUACAUAUAUAAGUAUAUAUAUGUUUGGGUGUGUGUGUGUGUGUACACACAUACAUACAUACAUACAUACAUAAUACAUACAUAAUACAUAAUAAUAAUACAUACAUGCAUACGUUCAUACAUACAUACAUACAUGCAUGCAUACAUACACAUAAAUACGCAGUUGUAUAUAAAGGUGUAAGUGCAUGUGUAUAUGUGUGUGUGUGUUUCGUUGAGUGAGUGUAUGUGUUUGAGAGGAAGAUAGAGAGAGAGAGAGAGAAAGACAGAGAGAGAGAAAGAGAGAGAGAGAAAGAUAUUAUUACAAUAACAGAAACUACACAAAUCCAAAAAUACUCCAAGAACGUGAUUCUACUUAAAAUGGCUGUUAUAUAUAUUUCUGUGUUUUACAAACUUUACCCAGAUAUUAUAGACCUCUGUCUCAACCAGCCCUUUCUUUUUUUAUCAUUGUCACUGUGUAUUUUUCACAUUAUCAACCAAAUACUAUUUUUUCUAUCUAUAUAUGCAAUAUUAUAACAAACUCCUUUCGGUAAUAUUCUUGAAAAAUACGAAAGAAAGGAACUACGCCAAAGUAAUAUUCCUGCAUUUGUUUCAUUUUAUCAUUUAUCUUUCUACUUAUAGCAUUGUAAGAUGUAUACCCAUUGUUGUUUGUGUAGGUGUACAAUUAUUUCGUAUGUGUAUGUGUGUGUGAAUGGAUGUAGUUUUUUGCUAAUAUGUUAGCAAUGUGUGUGUGUGUGUGUGUGUAGGUAUGUAUGUAUACUUUGCCAACUUUCUCUGGAUGAAGGAAGCCGGACUUAUUGUAAUAUCUCUCUGGGACUAUUUACUGGUUGCAUAGCCAAAAUCUUUUGCAUAUUCCAUCUGCAAAUUAUAAACAUUACGAUUAUUACGUAACUCCGAGGUUCCUGAAACAGCUGUCGAGUUAUAUAUUCUCUUCAUAGUAUUCUGUAUUCUUUAUG